CAUAUGAGUGUAGACAUGAGUUGACAACAAUUACAGAAGAAUUUAACUCAUUUUCCUACUCGAAGUCCUCCAUUUUCUACAGUCAAUUCGAAAAACUUGAGGGAACAGAAAUGGUGUCGUACGUGAGCUUGUUGCUGUACGGAGUGGGAGGAAUAGUGGUGGCGGGGAUGGCAAUACUGGUCGCCUUUCAGGAAAAACUUGUAUAUGUUCCGGUCUUACCUGGACUCACUAAGGCAUAUCCAAUUACUCCCGCUCGACUUCGACUCCUUUACGAAGAUGUUUGGCUCAGAUCUUCAGACGGUGUUCGUCUUCAUGCUUGGUUCAUCAAACUCUUCCCUGACUGCAAAGGCCCAACUAUCAUCUUUUUUCAAGAGAAUGCAGGAAAUAUUGCACACCGUCUUGAAAUGGUUCGCAUAAUGUUACAACGUUUGCAAUGCAAUGUUUUUAUGCUUUCCUAUCGAGGUUACGGAGCCAGUGAUGGAUACCCUUCUCAGCAUGGGAUCACAAAGGAUGCUCAGGCUGCACUGGAUCAUUUAGUUCAGAGGACCGAUAUUGACACAUCAAGAAUAGUAGUCUUUGGAAGGUCACUUGGAGGAGCUGUUGGUACUGUUCUUACCAAAAACAAUCCUGACAAGGUUGCUGGGCUCAUUUUGGAGAAUACUUUCACCUCUAUCCUGGAUAUGGCAGGAGUUCUCUUGCCAUUCUUGAAGUGGGUCAUUGGUGGCAGUGGCUCAAAGGGUUUCAAACUUCUUAACUUUGUUGUUCGAUCUCCAUGGAAUACCAUUGAUGUCAUUGGUGAGAUCAGGCAACCAAUCCUCUUCCUAUCUGGAUUACAAGAUGAGAUGGUUCCACCAUUCCACAUGCAGAUGUUGUAUGCAAAGGCAGCUGCACGCAACAGGCAAUGCUUAUUUGUGGAAUUUCCUAGUGGGAUGCACAUGGAUACCUGGUUGGCAGGUGGUGAUCAUUAUUGGAGGACAAUUCAGAAAUAUUUGGAAGAAACUGUCCCAGAGAAGAAGGAUGAUGAAUCAAAGAAGGAUUCGGAACUGUCCUCUAAGCAAAAGGGCUAAUUGUGGCUGUUUGGUUUGUGAUAUCAUUUGCAGUAUCUUCAGAGUUUGUUGCAAGCUGAAAUGUUGAGUUUCAGGCAGUUCAGUUGUAACUUUGGAUUCGAGGAUUCAAAUACGUUUCUUUUGAUGUUGCAGUGAUGAAGAGCAGUUUGUGAUAUCAAAGGAAUGGAAGUGCAUCCUUUCAAAUAUUUAUUCUUCUGAGGAUAUUUUUUGGUGUCCUAUUUUCAGAAGGGAAACAGAUGUGAAGGGUCUUCAUUUAUACUGCAUCUCACUAACAAUACUAGGGUGUCGAAAUAUAGGUCCAGCUGAGUCGUGUUGUAUGAAUAAGGAUUCAAACGUUUUGAUUGUAUGCCAAACGUAGAAUGGCAACUCUCUACCAGAGAGUGAUGACAGGCGGAAGACAUUCUUUCGUGUGAAUGGCUUACUCUUUAUUUUGGUGUGAUGAUUUUUCUU